UCAUUCAAGUAGAAAAUCAACCUAGCUCUCUGAGCCUUGCUCAGGCAACAGAAGAAAAGCAUCCUGGAACAGCAUAUGUCACUUUGCAGCUGGGAGAAAAAGAACUCCAAAAUAUGGCCUUGGGCCAGGGCACAAACAUUUCUUCUCCUUAUUGCAAAGCUACUGCUUGGCGAUUAGAGAAGUAUCACAGUGCCAAGGCCACUAGAGACAAGACAACUUCACUUCCCAAAGGUCUCCUAGACAACUCAAAAACGAAUUCUGAUGGAAAAGAAAGGAAAGGGAAGGAAGGAUCACCUCCCAGAAGUGCUAAGUUUGGCAGAAAAAGGGAAGAAAGCCAUGGAGGAGAUAUCAGACUCAGUAGGUUCUCUCAUACACAAGAUUUUCUACCUCUCUCCCUGCCUUUUGUAACAGAAGCGAAGUAUGGACAAGCCCCUGAAAGAUGUCAGAGAAGUGAACCACAUUCCAAAUGCUUAGGUCGCUACCGACCACGCCUGGUUACUCUAUCAACUGCAAAGGAAACUAAUAAGACGAUCUUACUGAAGCGCUGUGAAGAUGGUGAAACAUCCCAUUCUUCAUCUCUACUAAACACCAGACAAAAAAAGCCCCCCAAAACCCUACUGUGCCAGAGUGAAAGCAAGUUUUUUUCUAAGAGACGCAAGAGUGAGUGCCUGAAUCAUAGGCCCCCAACACAAGACCUAUCAUCCACUGAGAGAAUUUCCUUUCAUGCUUAGAAACUGCUUCAAGUUGUGGGUACCAGAUAUGGCAAAGCAUACAGCCACAAGAUGUAUACAGUUGAAGGACUAGCAAUGACCUCUUCAGAAACAUAUGGCUUUGUAUGUGGUGCUCGGACAAUGCAGAAAAGUGGUCUCAGGGCCACAGCAGUCAUGCUGGAACAGGGUUUUGGAACACAGGAUACAAAUAUACAUGGAUAUCAUCCACAGAAGCUUCUGUGACAGAUAAAAACAACACUAUGAAUGAA